CCACCACCCAUCUCCCUUGGCCGGCGGGACACUAAUGGCGGAGUUCGACGCGGCCCACUCCCCGCGGCUCCUGAAGCCCCCCGGCUCCGCCUACACCGACGACGACGGCCCCCCGCCGGGGCCCCUCCCCAAGCCACCCGGCCACUCCGAGCGCCCCACCAACCCCCACCCCAACCCCCACCACCCUAUCACCAUCUUCCCUGAGCCCAUCAAACCCGCCGACAAGAAGAAGAAGAAGACGCCAGCUCCGAAGGGCAGCCCCUCCGCCGGCGGCGACGACCGCCGCCGACGCCGCUCCUGCUGCUGCCUAUGCGGCAUCUGGUCCCUCGUCGCCCUCUUCGUCAUCCUCACCCUCGUCGCCCUCUCCUCCGCGCUCAUCUACGCCUGGCUCCACCCGAAACUCCCCGAGUUCCGCGUUGAAAAGCUCGAUGCCACCCGGCUCAACGUGUCGGAGAACGCGGGACACGCCGUGCUCGACGCCGGCUUUGACGUGGUGAUCGCGGUGUGGAACCGGAACGACGCGGUGCGGCUGGAGCACGGGGUGAUGAAGGUGGGUCUGUUCGCCGGCGACGAUGUGAGGCUGGGCAAGUGGUCGUCUCCAGGGUUCCGACAGGAGGAGAAUAACAUGACCUUGGUGACGGUGAAAGCCACGGUGGCGGGGAUGGCGGUGGACAGCACGUUGGGGAAUUCGUUGUAUAGGAGGUACAAGAGCAAGACGCUGAAGGUGGACCUGGUGGUGGAGACGGAGGAGCGGGCGGUGGUGGGGAGCUGGUGCACCGCCUGGAUGCCGGUCAAGGUGGUGUGCGCCAACGUCAAGCCGUCCGAGUACCAGAACGGGGCUGGAUCCAGAUGUGGCAUCUGUUUCUUUGAUUGGAUAUCACUGAGCUGACGAGAGUUGUUUCUUCUGGUCCUCAAAGGGAAGAACAGAAUGUUAUGGCCCCUUGGACAGACUCAGAUUACUCAGGGGCAACCAAGGGUUCAAUUUGUAGGCUUCCUACAAGAUGGAGCCAUUCUUUGUUUUUUAAUUGUGAGAAGGUAUUGUAUCAUUAACAUUGAGUACAAUGAGGAUAGGCCUUUGGGUUUCUAACCAGCAAGUCUGUGCUGUAAAUUGUAUGUUGUAUGUUACAUGGAUUUCUUACUUGAUAGUAAGAACACAAACUUUUUGUAACUGGUGAUGAAUCUAAUUGGUCUUCUACUA